CGCAAAUGCGUAGACAAUUUAGCACCACAUUCCCUUGAGACAUCUAACCAGAGAUGAAUUUGAAAUGUAUAAUUGCAUUCGUUAUAGCAGUCACAUUUCCGGGAUUUAUAGUUUGUUUAGAGUGUUUCAGUUGCUCUGAUGUGACUGAUUUGAACAGCUGUGUCAACAUUGCUCAAUGCAGUCAAGGACAGUCAUGUUCUUUGGAAAUGAAUGUUUCUGGACAAACUACAAGCUACACACUAGGUUGUAAAGACAAUCAGAAUUGUGGAAGCUCUCCAAAUAUACAUGCAGGCAUAAUUGGACGUGAUAUCUCAGCGAGACAAUUACACACGUGUCACGAGUGUUGCAGUAUUGAUAAUUGCAAUAAACAUCUAUGCGAACACCCAAAACCAUCUGCUUGCAUUGACGACGCUAAAGCGGACUGUGCCUGGCUAAAUACUGUAUUCAACAUAUGUAUGGACAUUCAUCAUGCUAAAGCAGAGUGUCCUAAGUUUUGUGGACUUUGUACAUUGGUUGACGGUACCUGGGCUCCAUGGUCGGACUGGUCGACAUGUGACGUCACUUGUGAGAAUGGUACCCGGACAAGAACACGCACAUGCACGGAUCCAGCACCAGCCGAUGGGGGUCUUGAUUGUAUCGGAGAGAUGACAGAAAUUAAUACAUGUUCAAAACAGCUUUGUCCAGUACAUGGAGGUUGGACAACGUGGUCUAACUGGGAGUCAUGUUCAGUGACCUGUGACUCUGGGAUACAGAAAAGACAUCGGAAUUGUUCAAACCCCGUACCUGACCGAUUUGGUGAUCCUUGUUUUGGGGACACUUUGGAUGCCAGACUUUGCAUGCCGGGCCCAUGUGCCAACGGAGGUUGGUCAGACUGGGGUGUUUGGGGUACAUGUUCAGUGACAUGCGGGACUGGUGUGUUGUCGCGAUCUAGAACUUGUUCAAAUCCUAGACCUUCAUCGACCGGAAGUCUGUGUGAUGGAAAUUCAAUUCAAGUGACAUCAUGUAGCUUAUCUCCUUGUAAAACACAAAUGAUUGCGUUUUCAAGUAAAGAUGUGGUAGCAACUUCGUACGCAGUCAAUCAGACUGUUAUAUUCCCUACAAUAUUAUUUAAUGAGGGCAAUGGUUACAACAAUACAACAGGCAUCUUCACGGCACCAGUACCUGGAACUUACUCGUUUACACUACAACUUAGUGUUAACAGAAAUCAGUAUUUUCACUUUGCAAUCCUUUGUGGAAAUAAAUACCUCACGCGCGGUUACGUUCAUGAUCCAGAUGACGUUAAAUCUUACUCUUUCACUGUCGUUGCUCUAUUAAAGAAAGGUGACCAUGUGAGAGUUAAAAGUGAUAAUACUGGUUGUAAACUUUUCAAUAGUGCACCUUUUCUUAACUUCUUCUCAGGUGCUCUUGUACAGUUUGAAAAAGAAAAAUUACAGCAAAAAUGGAUAAAACAAAAUCAAAGUGUAUUGCACUAUCUUAAUAAAAGUAAUCAAAGUUUAUUUCCCCGUGGAAUUAUUAUUUAAUCAAAACAAACAAGUGUUCUCUGAUUUUUAACAUUUUUUUAGAAUCUUAAGAAGCAAUUUUCUGUCGGGUUU